GGGGGCGGAGGCCAGUUCCCUAGCUCAAGCCGCCGUCGCUGUCGCCUGUGCAGUUGAGGCCGCGGCCGUCCCCCGCCAGCUCGUUCCGGGCAAAGAGAACGCGCGCGAGCUCGGGCGUCCUCGCCCCAGCCUUUCCCGGAGCCAUGAAUCCUAACUGCGCUCGGUGCUGCAAGAUCGUGUACCCCACGGAGAAGGUGAACUGUCUGGAUAAGUUCUGGCAUAAAGCAUGCUUCCACUGCGAGACCUGCAAGAUGACCCUCAACAUGAAGAACUACAAGGGCUAUGAGAAGAAGCCCUACUGCAACGCACACUACCCCAAGCAGUCCUUCACCAUGGUGGCUGACACCCCGGAAAACCUCCGCCUCAAGCAACAGAGUGAGCUGCAGAGUCAGGUACGCUACAAGGAGGAGUUUGAGAAGAACAAGGGCAAAGGCUUCAGCGUGGUGGCAGACACGCCUGAGCUCCAGAGAAUCAAGAAGACCCAGGACCAGAUCAGUAAUAUAAAAUACCACGAGGAGUUUGAGAAGAGUCGCAUGGGCCCCAGUGGUGGUGAGGGUCUGGAGUGCGAGCGCCGAGAUCCCCAGGAGAGCAGCUACCGGCGGCCCCAGGAGCAGCAGCAGCCUCACCACAUCCCCGCCAGCACCCCAGUGUACCAGCAGCCCCAGCAGCAGCCGGCAGCCCAGUCCUAUGGUGGCUACAAGGAGCCUGCAGCCCCAGCGUCCAUACAGCGCAGCGCCCCAGGCGGCGGCGGGAAGCGGUACCGUGCUGUGUACGACUACAGUGCUGCGGACGAGGACGAGGUCUCCUUCCAAGAUGGGGACACCAUUGUCAACGUGCAGCAGAUCGACGACGGCUGGAUGUACGGGACCGUGGAGCGCACCGGUGACACGGGCAUGCUGCCAGCCAACUACGUGGAGGCCAUCUGAGCCCGCCGGGCACCGCCCGCCCCAUCCGUCUUCAGUGCAUUCCACAGCAUCGCGUCUGUCCUGGGCGUGACCUGUCCACCCUUCGGUGUCUCUGUUUUUUAAAUUCUGCGACAGCUUGUUUAUCCUCCCCCUCUUCCAGCUUCUUUUGCCAACCGAAGCCUUGUUCUGCCACUUUCGCGGCUCCCCUUCUGGCAGGUUUUCCCCUUGACCAACUUCUUGGUUUUCUCUCUGGAUGGAACACGUGUGAACUGCUCUGUGGGAGGCCAAGGCCUGUGGGGAUGGUCUGGGUGGGUGACCCGUUGGCUCCCAGGCCUCUGCCUUCUCUCUUUUCUGCCCCCUCAGCCCCUCCUACCCACCUCCUCGUACAUCCAAACAUUCCAGGACUGGGGUGAGCCCCAGACCCCCAGGACUCCCAGAGGAGGGGCUCCACACAUUCCCAGGAGUAGGACCCUGCUGCCCGUGCCCUGGGAUGGGGAUGGGGGUGGGGAGGGUGAUCCUGUUGUGCCAGUGAGAUGGGCUCUGCCUCUGCUUCUCAGAGAUGGGGCUGCCGGCCCUCCGAGAGGGCCCCUCACCACCCUCUUCCCGCUCAAGGUUGACAGAGGCGGGUAAAGUUCCUGCUUUGGUAUUCAUUCAUCCUUCCCCACAUGGUUCCUUUUCACACUGUGAUUUCACUCUCCUGCUCACCCAGGCCUGGUGUGGGCGAGGAGCUGGAAGCUCGGCUUGGGUCCGGCUCUCACCUUUCUGCUUUAGGGAUAGCAGCAGGAAAGAGGGGAGCGGGGUGUUCUCUUUGCAGCCCUUUUCUCUCCCUCCCACUGAGUCUCCGGGGUCCCUGGCUUGCCUCCUCCUGAAAGAUGGGGCAAGGAAGCCUCAAGCGUCUCAGCCGUGCAGCCCAGCCCCUGAGACCUGGUUAGACGGGCCGCUCCUCCUGGGAAGGCAGCUUGGGGCCUUCCAUGGCCUCCCCCUAUCCCACACCACCUGAUCUGACCCCAGGGGGACUGGAAUGUGCGAAGCCACAGCCCGCUCUGUAUCUCCAUGACUUCCUUGAGGGGGAAGGAGUGGGUGUCUGCAGAUGUCUGUGACAGGCGAGUGUGAGUGCGAGCGUGAGAGAAGCAGGCAGGGUGCUGGCUUUCUGGAGGGUGCACAGAGGGGAGGUCCUUGAGGGAGAGAAGUUCCUUCUGUUUUCUUUGGAAUGAGAAUCCCUCCUUUCCUUCUAUCCCUGAAUGGAGGAAGCCCACCACCCCCUCUUUCCAAAGUGCAGAAGUGAGGAGGGGGUGUGUGCUUGGUGGGGGCUGAUAUUGGGGCCUGUAGCUUGCUGGCGGAGGUGGGAGAGGAAAGACUUCAUGACUCCAGGCAGAUACUUUUCCCCCAUCUCUGUGUCCUGGGCUGUAGAAUAGGGAGCUGGGGGACCUGUGUCACCUACGCAGUGUUCUCCCCUCUUCCUGCCCACCCCCAGCCCCCUCCCCUGCCCCCAGCUCACUCAUUUACCUAAGGCCUCCUUGAAGUAAAGGGAGAGGGUCCCAGGGCUUACAAAACUGGAAGCGCAGACCUGGGUUGAGGAAGGGAAAGAUGGUGCUAUCUCCAAGUCCCUUCUUCACUCGUGGGUGGCUGUGACCACCCUUGCCUGAUUUUAUUCAUCUCUGGGCUUUCCUGUCACCCUUCUGGGUCUCCCCCUCCCAUCUUUACCCCAAGUCCACUGACUCAGGCCCUGUGGUUGACAUCUUUGCGUCCUUGUGCCUUGCAGGAGAGGGAGGGGCCUGCAGGCAUGUUUAACAUCUAGUCCUCACUGCUUGUGAGUUGACUUGGGAAUAUUUACCCCAGAUCAGAGGCUUGAGCCUCUGCCUGACCAUUCCCUUUCCCUCCUUGGCCACAGCCAUGGUGAGGGCGGGUGGAGAGUCUUAUAUUGGGCAGUGUGGGGGAUGAGGGAAGCAGAGAAGGAACAAUUUUGGGAGCCGUGGGCAGACGCUAGUCCAUUCUGUUUCCUCUUAAUCUCAAAGCACAAUGUGGAUUCUGGAACCAAAGGUCAGAGAGACAUAUCCUGUUGGAGAACCUGUGGUUGGCAGGGAAGUGAGAGGCUGGGAGGAGGGCUGGGGAGCAAGAAGUAGCCUGUUCUCAUUCAGCCUAAUUUUUCUUCCAAAACAAGGCAAGCCAGCCACUGGAAUCUUGCUGCCAGCUCUUGGUUCCUUCCAUCCUAAAAACAGGGGACCUUUUCUUACACACCCCGAGAGAGAGGAAGGACUAUCACACUGGUGCUGAGGGACCUAGGAGCUGCUGAGAGUCCUUAUUCCUUUCCAUAAUAAUCCAUCCCUAGCAGAGCACAGAACCUGAGGGCUGGGCCGAGUCCCUGGUCUUUUCCUACAGUUCACAGAGGGUUUUUUUUUUUUUUUUUUUUUUUGCCAAUCUAAUCCCAGGAAAGAAGAUGCAACGAAGCUAGAAUGUGAAUAUAACUUUAGUGGACCAAUAAUAAAAUGCAAGAAGCCCAAUGGUGAGAAAAGUGAAUUCUCUCAAUAUUGCUUCCUGUUUUCUUCCUCAUGUCCCUCCAGGGAAAACUACUUUAUUGCUUAAUUUCUGCCUUUUCCCCCUCACAUAUGCACUUUUGGGCCUUUUUUUUUUAAUAGCUGGAAAAAAAAAUACCACCCCACAAACCUGUAUUUAAAAAGAAAUAGAAAUCACGUGAAAUUUGCCUCUGUCCAAACAUUUCAUCUGUGUGUGUGUGUGUGUGUGCGUGUGUGUGUGUGUGAAGCCGUCCGUUCAUCUUUUUAUAUGGGGUGGUCGUCUUUUCUUGGUCUGUUUUGGUCCCCUCCCUCGUGGGCUUGUGCUUGGGAUCAAAUCUUUCUGGCCUGUUAUGAUUCUGAACAUUUGACUUGGACCACAAGUGAAUCUUUCUCCUGGUGACUCAAAUAAAAGUAUAAUUUUUACCUGC